AUGAAAUUUAUUUUUUUAAUAUUAUCAUUACUCAUUACUUUAAUUUCUACAAUUCAAAGUCAAGGUUAUUCAGAUGUAGUGUUAGUUGAAAAUCAGUUGAUUUCCAAUAUCGAAUCAUUACCAUCAUGUAAUGAUGAGCCCAACCAUUCUUGUAUGAAUGAAAAUUGUUACUAUUGUCCAGGAAACAAUAUGGGUUUUGACAAUGGAAUGUGUACAUGUGAUGGAAAUCCUUGUCCAAUGUGCUCAAUGGGAACAUCUGGAACUUCUACUAGUUCAGGUUCAUCUGCAUCAUUUACAGAGUCAUCAACCACUGAUACCACAUCUGGCUCAGUAACCUCUUCUUCCUCUUCCUCCACAUCUGUUCCAACAUCAACAUCAACAUCCUCUUCAUCUACAUCAUCAACAUCUUCAUCUUCAUCAACAACAUCUUCCCAUAUUGAAGUUAGUAUAUGUGGAUAUUGUCAAGAAACAUGUACAGGAUCUAGUCAAUGUCAAACCUACAUAACUGGUCAAUGUUUAUUAUUCUCACGUAUCUGUGGUAAUGAAGCAGGUGAACAACUUGGAUAUGGAGUUUUAGGGUAUCAACCAGGAUCAGAAAGUCCAUAUUCUGUUGCACUCUAUUCAGAUUCCGCCUGUACCUCUGCCAGUCCACUUUUAUUCAAUUCAACUUGUGGAGAAUGUAUUGAUUCCAAUCUCAAUGCUUUUGUUGCUUGUAGUUCAUCAACUUCUGAUGCUUCAUCAACUCAAAUAAAGAUGGUUAGAUUAUCACUUUCAUUAACAGCAGAGACUGAAGAGAUUAAAAACAUAUUCCCAUGCAGUGAUAAAGUAUGGUUCUUUAAGAUUAAAUGUUCAAAUUGUCUAACUGUAUCUGAUAAGUUUAUUGGUAUUGAUCCUGCUGAACAAAUAGAAAUUGGUAAAUCAACAGUUAAUUUAUCAAUGAAAUGUAAAUCGUGUACAAGAGAAAAUAGUGUAACGAUUGAACCAGCAUUAUCUAUUCAAGACAGAGAAAUUGAAAGUGGACAAAAGAUUGAAAUGGCUAGAUUCGAUUGUAGAGGUCUUGAAUUGGAAGAAUUUGAUCCAAGAGAUGCUUGGAUGGUUAUUUCAACCUCUGGAAAAACAUAUAAAGAUGUUGAUUUGGAUGAGGAUUGGAGUGAAUAUGAUGAACGUUCAUCAAGUUCUCUAACCAUUUUGGAUAUUAGUUCAGAUAUUACAAAAAUAAAAUAA